UGUCUACAUACAAAAUACAGUGGCAUAUUGAAUCAAUUAUCUAAAUGCUCUAGGCUGUAAAUACACUUUAACCUGGAAUGUCAAGAUAAUUAAGACAAAAUUGGAUUAUUAAGAUUAUUAUUAGUGAGGGCAAAUGACAUCUAAGAUAGCCAUGUUAAAAGUGGAGUAUCAUAUUAAAAAGACAACUACAUCCCAAGGAACAUCAAUAGAGUUUAAGUCCAUUGAACAGAUACUGAAUUCUUUUUCAUAAUCUGCCAAAAAAAGUUAGCUUGAAAAUUUUCUUUUAGUUUCUCAAAUAUCACACUGCUGCAGUACACGAACCUUUACUCAUUAAUAACUAAGGUCCUGAUUUUUUUCAUACGCUUUGCUCGAAGAUGUAGUAUUUUGCAGCCAUAAACAGUCUUCUAAGAUCUCUCCUAGUGUUAACCCACCUAUCCUCACCUCUCCCUUGAGAUUUUUCUUUAUUUUUUGAUGAACUAUCUGGGCUUUUAAACUUUGUUAAACUUUUUUGAGGAUACGGUCACUUAAUCUCAAUGUAAUUUUACUUUCCACAGUCAAAAACUAUUGUGUAAUACUCAUACACUGGAUUUAAAUGACUGCUGCCUCUCCUUCCUUUCUUUUUAUACUAUUGUGGUCUAGGUAAGGCUGAUUCUUCCAUCAUUUGAACCAACAGGCCAGGCUUGGGUUCUCAUAAAACAGACCUUCCAGCAGGAGCGACCAAAGGAUUACAAUGUCACCUGAAAUUGGACUGCUGUUGUACCUGACUUGGGAACAUCUUUGAAUCAGACAGUAGAAGUGGCUGUCAUUUUCAGGGACAGUAGAAAGUAUGUUGGCUCUCAUCUGCCAAGCAGGCAAACACAAUCUUUUUUUUUUUUUUUCCCUCCAACGUUCUAGGGAGCUCAGCCUCAGGGCUAGCCGCAGCCCCCCACACCCCGGGGCUGCGGUGGGCUGAGCGGUGGAUCAGCCUCAUCAGCCCCUGCUCCAGCCUGUAGGGUGAACCGGCCGCUUUCCCAGCAAAGGAGCAAUCGAGCUGAGGGUAGCGCCUCCUCCGGAGGAGGGGGCGGGAGCUCGGCUGAGAAAGCUUUCCUAGGGAGUUGCCUUAAAGAAAGAAAGCGGAAUUGUCGAUCACUCCAGUUGCCAGUUUUAUACAAUUUUAAGCAGUCGUCUCCACUCGUUUCCCCUUUGCAAAACUGCAAAUCACCACCAACCUUGCAUCAAAUAGAAGUGGGGAGGAAAAAAAAAAGCAAAUCUCCUUCUCCCUUCUCACCCUCCCUUUCUUCUCACCCUCCCUUCCUCUCUUGCUCGCUCCUUCUCCCUCCCUCCCUUCUGCGGCUGCCGCUAGUCUCUCGGUCUGGCUCUCUCUCCGACGGGACUUAGCAACUUCUUAUUUCUCAGCCCCUUUUCCAUUUUUUUUUUCCAUCCUUUGCCAUGAAUUGGAUUGACAGAGGCGGGGGAGGCUUUGCUUUCUGCCCCAGGGAAUGGCGAUUCGCGUCCUGGGGCCGUGCAGGGGAGAAUCGACCGAGGACAAAGAAAGAGUGAUAGAAAAAGAGCUGCAGGAAGGAAGAGAAGGGAGACUUCCAUCUGCCGCGGGCCCGGCGCGCUGCAGCGCAGCGCCGAGCUGCGCCUCGGAAUGGCCCAGAACCCGCCCUGCGCCCCCGGCUCCUCCAGCGUCAGCGGCUCCUGCGCGCGGGAUGCAUUGGGCAAUUUUUGAAAUCCUGAAGUAGGAAGAGACCCCGGAGGAUAUAAGUCGGGGGUAGGGGUGGAGCAGAGAAUCUGUGAAAGAUAUUCAAAGAGAGAAAAGGGAAAUCCUGAUCGUUUCUGCCCGUGCUUGCUUUCAACUUGAGCGUGCUAGCUUUUAACUUGAAGAAGUCUCAUUGGAGCAUCUAGCAUUCUCCAGGAGUUAUUCGAAAGCUGAAACUUUCAGUGGAUUGUGGGCCUGGGGAGAAGAAGGAUUCCGAGGGUGGAAUUGGGAAGAGCGUGCGUGCGUGUGUGUGUGUGUGCGCGCGCGCGUGUGGGUCGGGGCGGGGGCGUCGGGGGGCCACUGGGAAUUCGGUGAAGAGGGCACCCUAUACCAUGGCAGUGCCCGGCGACGCUGCACGAGUCAGGGACAAGCCCGUCCACAGUGGGGUGAGUCAAGCCCCCACGGCGGGCCGGGACUGCCACCAUCGUGCGGACCCCGCAUCGCCGCGGGACUCCGGCUGCCGUGGCUGCUGGGGAGACCUGGUGCUGCAGCCGCUCCGGCGCUCUCGGAAACUUUCCUCCGCGCUGUGCGCGGGCUCCCUGUCCUUUCUGCUGGCGCUGCUGGUGAGGCUGGUCCGCGGGGAGGUCGGCUGUGACCUGGAGCAGUGUAAGGAGGCGGCGGCGGAGGAGGAGGAGGAAGCAGCCCCGGGAGCAGAAGGGGGCGUCUUCCCGGGGCCUCGGGGAGGUGCUCCCGGGGGCGGCGCGCGGCUCAGCCCCUGGCUGCAGCCCUCGGCGCUGCUCUUCAGUCUCCUGUGUGCCUUCUUCUGGAUGGGCUUGUACCUCCUGCGCGCCGGGGUGCGCCUGCCUCUGGCUGUCGCGCUGCUGGCCGCCUGCUGCGGGGGGGAAGCGCUCGUCCAGAUUGGGCUGGGCGUCGGGGAGGAUCACUUACUCUCACUCCCCGCCGCGGGGGUGGUGCUCAGCUGCUUGGCCGCCGCGACAUGGCUGGUGCUGAGGCUGAGGCUGGGCGUCCUCAUGAUCGCCUUGACUAGCGCGGUCAGGACCGUGUCCCUCAUUUCCUUAGAGAGGUUCAAGGUCGCCUGGAGACCUUACCUGGCGUACUUGGCCGGCGUGCUGGGGAUCCUCUUGGCCAGGUACGUGGAACAAAUCUUGCCGCAGUCCGCGGAGGCGGCUCCAAGGGAGCAUUUGGGGUCCCAGCUGAUUGCUGGGACCAAGGAAGAUAUCCCGGUGUUUAAGAGGAGGAGGCGGUCCAGCUCCGUCGUGUCCGCCGAGAUGUCCGGCUGCAGCAGCAAGUCUCAUCGGAGGACCUCCCUGCCCUGUAUACCGAGGGAACAGACGUGGUCUCGUCCUGUCUCCCAGGCUAGAGUGCAGUGGCGCCAUCUCGGCUCACUGCAAGCUCCGCCUCCCGGGUUCACGCCAUUCUCCUGCCUCAGCCUCCCGAGUAGCUGGGACUACAGGCACCACCACCACACCCAGCUCAUGGGGCAUUCAGAAUGGGACCACAAACGAGGGCCAAGAGGAUCACAGUCUUCAGGAACCAGUAUUACUGUGGACAUCGCCGUCAUGGGCGAGGCCCACGGCCUCAUUACCGACCUCCUGGCAGACCCUUCUCUUCCACCAAACGUGUGCACAUCCUUGAGAGCCGUGAGCAACUUGCUCAGCACACAGCUCACCUUCCAGGCCAUUCACAAGCCCAGAGUGAAUCCCGUCACUUCGCUCAGUGAAAACUAUACCUGUUCUGACUCUGAAGAGAGCUCUGAAAAAGACAAGCUUGCUAUUCCAAAGCGCCUGAGAAGGAGUUUGCCUCCUGGCUUGUUGAGACGAGUUUCUUCCACUUGGACCACCACCACCUCGGCCACAGGUCUACCCACCUUGGAGCCUGCACCAGUACGGAGAGACCGCAGCACAAGCAUCAAACUGCAGGAAGCACCUUCAUCCAGUCCUGAUUCUUGGAAUAAUCCAGUGAUGAUGACCCUCACCAAAAGCAGAUCCUUUACUUCAUCCUAUGCUAUUUCUGCAGCUAACCAUGUAAAGGCUAAAAAGCAAAGUCGACCAGGUGCCCUCGCUAAAAUUUCACCUCUUUCAUCGCCCUGCUCCUCACCUCUCCAAGGGACUCCUGCCAGCAGCCUGGUCAGCAAAAUUUCUGCAGUGCAGUUUCCAGAAUCUGCUGACACAACUGCCAAACAAAGCCUAGGUUCUCACAGGGCCUUAACUUACACUCAGAGUGCCCCAGACCUAUCCCCUCAAAUCCUGACUCCACCUGUUAUAUGUAGCAGCUGUGGCAGACCAUAUUCCCAAGGGAAUCCUGCUGAUGAGCCCCUGGAGAGAAGUGGGGUAGCCACUCGGACACCAAGUAGAACAGAUGACACUGCUCAAGUUACCUCUGAUUAUGAAACCAAUAACAACAGUGACAGCAGUGACAUUGUACAGAAUGAAGAUGAAACAGAGUGCCUGAGAGAGCCUCUGAGGAAAGCAUCGGCUUGCAGCACCUAUGCUCCUGAGACCAUGAUGUUUCUGGACAAACCAAUUCUUGCUCCCGAACCUCUUGUCAUGGAUAACCUGGACUCAAUUAUGGAGCAGCUAAAUACUUGGAAUUUUCCAAUUUUUGAUUUAGUGGAAAAUAUAGGAAGAAAAUGUGGCCGUAUUCUUAGUCAGGUAUCUUACAGACUUUUUGAAGACAUGGGCCUCUUUGAAGCUUUUAAAAUUCCAAUUAGGGAAUUUAUGAAUUAUUUUCAUGCUUUGGAGAUUGGAUAUAGGGAUAUUCCUUAUCAUAACAGAAUCCAUGCCACUGAUGUUUUACAUGCUGUUUGGUAUCUUACUACACAGCCUAUUCCAGGCCUCUCAACUGUGAUUAAUGAUCAUGGUUCAACCAGUGAUUCAGAUUCUGACAGUGGAUUUACACAUGGACAUAUGGGAUAUGUAUUCUCAAAAACAUAUAAUGUGACAGAUGAUAAAUACGGAUGUCUGUCUGGGAAUAUCCCUGCCUUGGAGUUGAUGGCGCUGUAUGUGGCUGCAGCCAUGCACGAUUAUGAUCAUCCAGGAAGGACUAAUGCUUUCCUGGUUGCAACUAGUGCUCCUCAGGCGGUGCUAUAUAAUGAUCGUUCAGUUUUGGAGAAUCAUCACGCAGCUGCUGCAUGGAAUCUUUUCAUGUCCCGGCCAGAGUAUAACUUCUUAGUUAACCUUGACCAUGUGGAAUUUAAGCAUUUCCGUUUCCUUGUCAUUGAAGCAAUUUUGGCCACUGACCUGAAGAAACACUUUGACUUCGUAGCCAAAUUUAAUGGCAAGGUAAAUGAUGAUGUUGGAAUAGAUUGGACCAAUGAAAAUGAUCGUCUACUGGUUUGUCAAAUGUGUAUAAAGUUGGCUGAUAUCAAUGGUCCAGCUAAAUGUAAAGAACUCCAUCUUCAGUGGACAGAUGGUAUUGUCAAUGAAUUUUACGAACAGGGUGAUGAAGAGGCCAGCCUUGGAUUACCCAUAAGCCCCUUCAUGGAUCGUUCUGCUCCUCAGCUGGCCAACCUUCAGGAAUCCUUCAUCUCUCACAUUGUGGGGCCUCUGUGCAACUCCUAUGAUUCAGCAGGACUAAUGCCAGGAAAAUGGGUGGAAGACAGCGAUGAGUCAGGAGAUACUGAUGACCCAGAAGAAGAGGAGGAAGAAGCAGCAGCACCAAAUGAAGAGGAAACCUGUGAAAAUAAUGAAUCUCCAAAAAAGAAGACUUUCAAAAGGAGAAAAAUCUACUGCCAAAUAACUCAGCACCUCUUACAGAACCACAAGAUGUGGAAGAAAGUCAUUGAAGAGGAGCAACGGUUGGCAGGCAUAGAAAAUCAAUCCCUGGACCAGACCCCUCAGUCGCACUCUUCAGAACAGAUCCAGGCUAUCAAGGAAGAAGAAGAAGAGAAAGGGAAACCAAGAGGCGAGGAGAUACCAACCCAAAAGCCAGACCAGUGACAAUGGAUAGAAUGGGCUGUGUUUCCAAACAGAUUGACUUGUCAAAGAUUCUCUUCAAGCCAGCACAACAUUUAGACACAACACUGUAGAAAUUUGAGAUGGGCAAAUGGCUAUUGCAUUUUGGGAUUCUUCGCAUUUUGUGUGUAUAUUUUUACAGUGAGGUACAUUGUUAAAAACUUUUUGCUCAAAGAAGCUUUCACAUUGCAACACCAGCUUCUAAGGAUUUUUUAAGGAGGGAAUAUAUAUGUGUGUGUGUAUAUAAGCUCCCACAUAGAUACAUGUAAAACAUAUUCACACUCAUGCACGCACACACAUACACACUGAAGGCCAGGAUUGCUGGCUCCACAAUUUAGUAACAUUUAUAUUAAGAUAUAUAGUGGUCACUGUGAUAUAAUAAAUCAUAAAGGAAACCAAAUCACAAAGGAGAUGGUGUGGCUUAGCAAGGAAACAGUGCAGGAAAUGUAGGUUACCAACUAAGCAGCUUUUGCUCUUAGUACUGAGGGAUGAAAGUUCCAGAGCAUUAUUUGAAUUCUGAUACAUCCUGCCAACACUGUGUGUGUGUGUGUGUGUGUGUGUGUGUGUGUGUGUGUGUGUGUGUGUGAAAGAGAGACAGAAGGGAACGGUUUGAGAGGGUGCUUGUGUGCAUGUGUGUGCAUAUGUAAAGAGAUUUUUGUGGUUUCAGUAACUCAUAGACUAGCUGUAGCAAAUGACUGAGUACAUGUGAACAAACAGAAGGAAUUUCACUCUGGAGUGUCUUGGGAGGCAGCCAUUCCAAAUGCCCUCCUCCAUUUAGCUUCAAUAAAGGGCCUUUUGCAGAUGGAGGGCACUCAAGGGCUGGGUGAGAGGGCCACGUGUUUGGUAUUACAUUACUGCUAUGCACCACUUGAAGGAGCUCUAUCACCAGCCUCAAACCCGGAAGACUAAGGCAUUUUCCAAUCUACUUGCCUAAUGAAUGUAUAGGAACUGUCUAUGAGUAUGGAUGUCACUCAACUAAGAUCAAAUCACCAUUUAAGGGGAUGGCAUUCUUUAUACCUAAACACCUAAGAGCUGAAGUCAGGUCUUUUAAUCAGGUUAGAAUUCUAAAUGAUGCCAGAAAAGGCUUGGGAAAUUGUACUUCAGCGUGAUCGCCUGUGUCUUCUUAAUUUGCUGCAAAAUAUGUGGUAGAGAAAGAAAAGGAAACAGAAAAAUCACUCUGGGUUAUAUAGCAAGAGAUGAAGGAGAAUAUUUCAACACAGGGUUUUUGUGUUGACAUAGGAAAAGCCUGAUUCUUGGCAACUGUUGUAGUUUGUCUUUCAGGGGUGAAGGUCCCACUGACAACCCCUGUUGUGGUGUUCCACACGCUGUUUGUUGGGGUAGCUUCCAUCGGCAGUCUGGCCCAUUGUCAGUCAUGCUGCUUCUGGCUGGGGAGAUUAUAGAGAGAUUGUUUGAAGAUCGGGUUAUUAUUGAAAGUCUUUUUUUGUUCGUUUUGUUUUGGUUUGUUUGUUUAUCUACACUUGUUUAUGCUGUGAGCCAAACCUCUAUUUAAAAAGUUGAUACUCACUUUCAAUAUUUUAUUUCAUAUUAUUAUAUAUGUCAUGAUAGUUAUCUUGAUGUAAAUAUGAAGAUUUUUUUGUUUCUGUAGAUAGUAAACUCUUUUUUUAAAAGAGGAAAAGGGAAACAUUUUUAUAAAGUUAUAUUUUAAUCACCAUUUUUAUACAUUGUAGUUCUCUCCAAGCCCAGUAAGAGAAUGAUGAUUCAUUUGCAUGGAGGUCGAUGGACAGCCAAUCAUCUACCUUUUCUAAUUUAAAUGAUAAUCUGAUAUAGUUUUAUUGCCAGUUAAAUGAGGAUGCUGCAAAGCAUGUUUUUUCACUAGUAACUUUUGCUAACUGAAUGAAUUCUGGGUCCAUAUCUCCCAGAUGAAAAACUGUUAACCAAUACCAUAUUUUAUAGUUGGUGUCCAUUUCUUUCCAACACUGUUUGUUAUGAUUCUUCCUUCAGUACUUACAUACAGACCUGCUCAUUAUCUAAACAAUCUUACCUUCUAAGUAAACCUUGAUUGUGAUUUCCAGUUUUUCUUUUCUCUGACGUAGUAGAAAGGAAUGUUUACAUUAAAAAUACUUUUGUUUCUCAUAAAUGGAUAUUGUACUCCCCCCUUUCAAAGCAUUAUUUUACAAUAAUUCAUGGCAUUUUAAAAAAUAAGGCAAAGAUAAUAUGACAAAAAAUAUACAUGGUUUCAAGGCAAAUUCUCCAAUAAGUAGGAAAAUGUAAAAAGGAUCAAGUGGAUGCAGCCUCUACCUAAAUAAUUAAAAUAUAUUUCAGUAUGUUUCUGAAUUAACACCAGGUCUUCAUUAUUCAGAACUUACUAAAUUGUUUUCAUUUUCUUAGUUUUACCUGUGUAUCUCCAUGUUUGCAAAAAUUACUAUGAGUCAAAUUUUGCCAGUGAAUUUAACUAUUUUUCUUUCCUUGCAAUUAAGGGGAAAAAAGCAUUUAUCUUCUCUUCUCAUACGCCUUGCAUCUAAGUACUUAGCAAAGUCAAUAUUUUCCCAUUUUCCAAAUGCUGUCCAUCUCUAACAUAAAUGUUAAUUGAACAUAGAGCUAUGUUUGGAGUGAGUGGACUGGCAGGACAGUUGGAAGUCCAUCACAGUCUAUUGACAGUUUCAUCAAAGCUGUAUAGUCCAACUAGUGGGGCAGCUUGGCUACUAUGGUGGAAGUCUCAGCAAACUGCCUGGUUUUGUUUGUUUGUUUUGUUUUAAGGUACAGGAAAUAAGAGGAAUAAUAGUGGCCAAAGCAAUUAGAACAUCUUCAUUCCAGAACUGUGUUCAGCAAUCCAGGCAGAUUGAUACAUUUUUCUUUAAAAAUAAAUUGCUAUUACAGCUAAACGUCAAUUGGGAUAAAUAAAGGGAUGAAGAUCCACUAAGUUUGUGACUUUCAUACACACCCAGUACAUCUCAAAGGAUGCUAAGGGACAUUUUCUGCCAGUAGAGUUCUCCCCCUUUUUGGUGACAGCAAUAUUAUUAUGUUCACAUCCAACUCCAGAGCUUACUUCCUGUGGUGCCAAUGUAUUUGUUGCAAUUUACUACAUUUUUAUAUGAGCCUAUUUAUAGGUGCCAUUAAACUCAGGUCUUUCAAAUGAAAGAGUUUCUAGCCCACUUAGGGAAAAAGAUAAUUGUUUAGAAAACCAUAAAAUCAAUGGUAGGAAAAGUUGGAACAGGUUACCUGGAUGCCAUGGUUCUCUGUUAAAUAAAGUAAGAGACCAGGUAUAUUCUGAGUGUCAUCAGUGUUAUUUUCAGCAUGCUAAUAAAUGUCUUUCUGGUUAUAUAUCUAUCUAAAUUAACCUUUAAAAUAUUGGUUUCCUUGAUAAAAGCACCACUUUUGCUUUUGUUAGCUGUAAUAGUUUUUGUCAUUUAGAUAAGACCUGGUUUGGCUCUCAAUAAAAGAUGAAGACAGUAGCUCUGUACAGGGAUAUAUCUAUAUUAGUCUUCAUCUUAUGAAUGAAGAAAUUUUCUCAUAUUAUGUUCAAGAAAGUAUUUACUUCCUAAAAAUAGAAUUCCCGAUUCUGUCUAUUUUGGUUGAAUACCAGAACAAAUCUUACCGUUGCAAUCCCAGUAAAACGAAAGAAAAGGAAUAUCUUACAGACUGUUCAUAUUAGAUGUAUGUAGACUGUUAAUUUGCAGUUUCCCCAUAUUUCCUGCCUAUCUUACCCAGAGAACUUUCUUUGAAGGUAAAAGCUGUGCAAAAGGCAUGAGACUCAGGCCUACUCUUUGUUUAAAUGAUGGAAAAAUAUAAAUUAUUUUCUAAGUAAUAAAAGUAUAAAAAUUAUCAUUAUAAAUAAAGUCUAAAGUUUGAAAUUAUUAAUUUAUAAAAGUGAACUAACUGUGUGAUUAUCAAAUCCUGAUUAAUGAGAAGUGAAUAAUCUAAAAAUCAUUUAUAUUCUACUGUGGGAGGUAUUCUUGGUGCUUCCAUGUCAGUAUCGGGCUCUCCAUUGUCCUCAUCAUUUAUAGUACUUCUAAAAUAAUAAUGGAAACCUCAAUAAGGGUCUUGUCCUCUUCUGUCAUCCUAACCCUGAUUCUAGUUUAAUGCCUUUCCUGACUUAUAUGCCAUUUGCAAAUAAACUUCCUUUCAAACUGUUAGAACACUCCAAUAAAACAAAGUUCUAUGAACUUUCAUAGUCUAGAAAAACCAACAAGAUCCCCCUUAUUUAGCGAUUAUUAGCUAAUGUGUGAAAGAAAUAUCAAUAAAAGUUCAAAUGCUAAUAGCUCAAUUCCAGAUAAUUGAAAGCUAAAAUAUCUAUGUACUUUGAAGCCAAACUGAGUUUAUUUCAUUGAUAGAACAAGCAGCAACACAUUUUAUGACCAUUGUCCUAGGUCGUUUGUGUCUUUAUGAAUUUGCUGAUAUUGUCAGUCCAUUUUUUAAAUCUUCAACAAAAUUCAAUUUUAAGAUUAAGAAAUCAGCAAUUUUAGGUAAAGAAUAUUCCAAAAUUAAAUUGUUCUUUUUAAGAAAUAUAUCAGUUUUAGGCCCUAUAUUCACACAUCAAUUUGUUCAUCUGGAAGAUAUUCAAAUUCUUAUUGGGAAUGAAUUACACUACAAACAAUGAGUUGAGCUAAAAACUAUACAUAACUUAAAUUAAGAUUUGCAUACGUAUUUGUGUGUUUCACACCAAAGACCCCUGCUCAGAGAACGGUAACAUAUUUUCCAGUCUAUGUUAUGCAACAUGGAUGUUAGGCAAUGUGUGCUAUUGCCAACACAUGGUAUUUGUUGAAAUACAUGUUGCUUUGACCUUACCUAAUGGUGCUUUUACCUAACUUGAAUUGCUUUUUGUGUUCCCACCAGCAAAUCAUUCUAACAGCAGGCUAACAAUGGUGAAGUAAAAUGAACAUUUUGGGGCCGGGCGCAGUGGCUCACGCCUGUAAUCCCAGCACUUUGGGAGGCCAAGGCUGGUGGAUCACCUGAGGUCGGGAGUUCGACACCAGCCUGACCAACACGGAGAAACCCCGUCUUUACUAAAAAUACAAAAUGAUCCAGGUGUGGUGGCGCAUAUCUGUAAUCCCAGCUACCCAGGAGGCCGAGGCAGGAGAAUCGCUUGAACCUGGGAGGCAGAGGUUAUGGUGAGCUGAGAUUGCACCAUUGCACUCCAGCCUGGGCAACAGGAGUUAAAUUUUGCCUCAAAAAAAAAAAAAAAAAAAAAAAAAAGAACAUUUUUUGGCAAAA